AGAAACAACUGAGAUUCUUUUCGCGUAUCUGACGCGAGCGGCCGGGGAGUGUGUUAUCUGUGUUAAUGUACAUAUUUUAAUGUAGUUGCAUUUCAAUCAAUAAUGCUGGAUGGUCGCACUGAUGAGGUUCACCAAAGAUAUAUGCAGAUUCUUGGGAAUCGGAAGCGAAGGCCCCGAUGAGCAGCAGGGGGAGAUGGUGUGUGGGGGUGGGGUUUCUGCCCGGAAGACCCAGGAGGCUGAGCUCUCACAGGAUGUCCUGAGUGGGGAAGAGGGGCUCAGUGAGGAGGAGAGGGCGAGGCGAAGGGCGGAGCGGCGUCGAGCCAAGAGGAAGCGCCAGCGGGAGAGGAAGAAGAUGGAGAAAGAGGGGAAGGAUGAGGGAGUGGAGGAGGUAAAGAGGCAGCAUUCAGAGAGAGAGACAGAGAGAGAGAGAGGCCUCUAUCCCAGGUUCGAAGGUCCUGCGGCACUGAGCGUUGCUUCUCGGGUUCUGCAGGGCGGUGAGGAAGAGGAGGGCGGUGCAGAGCUGGAGUGUGAGGAGAGCGAGGAAGAGGAUGAGGAAGAGGAGGAAGAGGAAGAAGUCAUCCCUCGCUGCAAGGACAGGCUCGCCCCCCCGCUCGCUGUCUCAGGGAACAAAACCAACCGGCAGCUCCCGCCCAGCUCCUGUGAAGAGGAGCCGGAGUGGGACGUCAGCAGUGCCUUUGUCGCCAAUGCCGCCAGUCACAUCCGACCAAAGGGCAGGACCAAAGCGGGCCCGGGGUCCAAGGAGAACAAGGAGAACGAGGGCAGGUCCAGGGAGGUGGCCGUCCCGGUGAGCGACGGGGACGACGUGACAAAGAGGAGCGCCUCCCUCACAGAGAAAGGGAUCAGACUGGUCGAGCAAGGGCAGUAUUCUCAGGCCAUCAACAUGUUUACAAAAGCUAUUCGCUACAACCCCAACGAUUACAGGUUCUUUGGGAAUCGCUCCUACUGUCACGAACGUCUGGAGCAGUACGACUCUGCCCUCUCCGACGCCGAGCGGUCCAUCCAGCUGGCUCCCGAUUGGCCCAAGGGCUACUUUCGCAAGGGGAGGGCGCUGAUGGGAAUGAAGAGGUACCCAGAGGCAGAGAGGGCCAUGGAGCAGGUGCUGCGGUUGGAUAAGGACUGCCAGGAGGCGCAACAGGACCUAACAAGAUGCCAACAGCUCAUGGAGCUGAGGUUUGAUGAGCUGCAAAGCGUGCAGCUACUGGAGAGGUUUACCACAGCACACGCUGUGCUGAGCUCCCCAGAGGCCGUCAGAGCGGGAGAUGCUAUACCGGACCAGUCUGGGGCCCCGUGCCCGUCUCUGUGGGUGGGGAAUGUCACUACGGAUGUCACAGAGAAAAUGCUGAGAGACUGCUUCAAAGCGUGCGGGGAGAUUGACAGCAUCCGCGUCCUGCACGAGCGCUUCUGUGCCUUCGUCAACUUCAGGAACGCCAAAAUGGCUGCCCGUGCCCUGGAGACGCUGCAGGGGGUGGAGAUUGAAAACACCAGGCUGGUAAUUCGCUACCCAGACCGUCACUCACAGAGAGUCCCGCCCUCCCCACUGAGGACCACCCCUUCUGUCCCCCCACAACAGGCUGCUGCCGCUGGGCCCAGACGGCGAGGCCCCGUCAACGGUGACGAGUGCUACUUCUGGAGGACCACCGGCUGCCACUUUGGGGACAAAUGCCGCUACAAACACAUUCCGGAGCAGCGAGGCCGAGACCAGAAGCCCUUGCACCCCUGAGAAGUCUGUGCCCCGCCGCUUGAGGAGGACCUGAGACAGGGGGGUGGGUGGGAAGCCUAAGAAACAAGGGGAAAGGGGGCGGGGGACUAGUUGCUGAGUCCUAAAGACUGCUGGCCACCUGCAUGUUGGGGGGGGUGACUGCAUUCUAGGUACUGCAGCAGUGUAAACCUCUACCUGUUCCCACCAACUGCAAGGC